AUGAAUGAUCGAACGGAUCUUGUGAUGAAUCAUCACAAAAAUCGUAAAAGAAAUAAAAAGAGCAAAUGUUCACGUCGGCGUGUCAUUUUAGUGUUGCUUGCGACUUUCAUUCUUAUUGCAGUCAUUGCUAUAAUUGUUGCUGUUCUCUUAAUUAAACUAAAUCAAACAACAUCAAAAAAUAGAAUAAGUGAAGCUAUACUUCGUUGGAACACAACUGGUAUUACUAUAGCUGGUAUUAGUAAUGAACUUGGUAAUGAUAGUACUCAUCUAAAUACACCUUGGGAUGUGACAUUGGACUAUCAAAAUUCACUCUAUAUUGCUGAUCGAAAUAACCAUCGAAUUCAAAAAUAUCUCGCAGGUUCAUUGAAUGGAACCACAGUAGCGGGACAAGAGAAUGGAACAUCGGGUUCUACUCUAAGCUAUUUACAGAACCCUUCACGAAUCCUUAUCGAUGUCAAUGGAAAUAUGUAUAUAACAGAUACGGGCAAUCAUCGUAUUUUAUCUUGGUCUUCUGGUUCUUCUUCAGGAGUAAUGAUAGCUGGUACAGGCGUAGGAGGAAGUUCGAAUAAUCAACUUCGUACACCAUAUGGAAUAGCACGUGAUAUAAAUUCUGAUAAACUUUAUAUAGCAGACUAUUCCAAUAGUCGUAUUAUGUUAUAUUUAAAUGGUGCAUCAUCAGGUACAGUUAUUGCUGGUGGCAAUGGACCAGGAACAAACGCAACACAAUUAAAAAAUCCUGUCGGUCUCUACUUUGAUUCUUUAUCAAAUAGUCUUGUUAUUGCAAAUCAUGCUGCCUGUAAUAUUCUUCGAUGGGUAAUAGGUGAAACGAGUUGGACUCUACUGGCUGGCAGCAUUAAUGGAACAGUAGGCAAUACAUCAACACUAAUGAAUUUGCCUGUUGACAUAACAUUUGAUCCUAUGGGUAAUAUGUAUGUUGCUGAUCGAAAUAAUCAUCGAAUUCAAUUAUUUAUGGUCGGUCAAUCAGAUGGGAUAACUAUUGCAGGGGUCACAGGUAUAUCGGGAGACAAUGCCACUCUACUGAACAGGCCAUGGUCAAUAAAACUUGAUAGUCAAUUAAAUUUAUAUGUCGCCGAUUCAAAUAAUCAUCGUAUACAAAAAUUCCUACGUUAUUAA